UGAACACAAAGGCUUUUGGAAGCUGCAUCUGACACGCACGCACAGUCAGCACUGCUGCUCGUCGUCCAGCGCCGCCCGCAGCGCAACAAGUUCCAAGGGCUGCCCGCAGACCGAAGCAAAAAGAGUACCAUAAAGCUACAUAGGGCAGCCUAGAUCAUUAAGCAAUGGUGAACGCGACGCGCCGCCGCUCCUACCUCGGCACGCAGGAGUUCAUCCCCGGCGACGUCUGGCGCGGCACGAUGACGAACUGCCAGCAGACGGAGCUGCAUGUGAAGAAGAGGCGGCUGCGCUACGUGCCCAUUGAAUUGUCCAUCGACCACGUCAGUGGACAUGAAAUUACGGCGACGUUCGUCACGCACUACGACCGCUCGUUCUACGAGAUGACGGGGAGGUAUGAGUCUGAAGGGAGGAGGUUGUACCUCGAACCGAAACGCGGGAAGUUGGGAAAGCACUGGAUCGCCUGUGACGCCGAAGCCUUUGUCUCUCCAGAUUUUAGUAGUAUGUCGGGAUUGACCUACAACUGCUUCGCAGAUCAAGACAAGGAGUGCGAUCCGGGCGGGGGCGAGUUCAUGCUGCGGCACGAUCGUACUAGAUUCGUGGUGGAGGGUGCUGGCGACGCUAGAGUAAAUGGCGAGUACGCGGCGCAACCGCGCCUCGGCAAGGCGAAGGCCGACGUCUUGUAUGAAGGCGCGCCCGUCUAUUUGCAGGAGGGCGGCCCCUUCGCGCUCGUUCACGAAGUGAUCGGCCAGUACGGUUUUUGGAGGAUUACGCAGGCCGUGAACCUCGAGUAUCGGGUACCCGAUAGUAGUGAUGGCGCGUUGUACAGCGCGUGGAGCGAGGACGUCUACCCGCCGGAGAACGGCUGGCGGCCCCUACUGAAUAAGAGGCGCGGCGCGCCGGCGCCGACGGUGCGCCCUGCUGUUAGAAGUAUGUAUGUUGGCCUGGCCAUUCCCCGCAAUUUGCGCGCGGGCGCCGACGACGACUCUGGUUUUUAUGGCGAUGCGUCGCUCUUGGUGGCCAUGAUCCUGGUCAUCGGGUUGCUGCUGUGGUGCGUCGUCCUGAGGUGUGGGCGGCGCGUGCGCCUCAAGGGGGGGAACCGCACGAGGAGGCGGUCGCUCUCGGGGUCGAGCCCGUCGCCCUCCAUGUCCGCGCGCAAGGCGUACGCGAUCCCCUAACUUGUAGCUUCUGCUCGUUGGCGUCG